AUGGCCCCGUCGCCAGAAGAGCACUUCCUACUCAAUGAACUGCUCGAACACCCGAAGCGCCACGCCUACCGCUACACUCACGCGGCUGCCUGCCAACUCCGCCAGAUCCUCUUCAAGUCGCUCGCUAAGCAGCGAGAAGACUACCUCCGCCUGUUCUUCCCAAAUGGCCCGCCAACAGACCAGUCACAGCCAUGGUCGCUUCGUGAUGCACAGGGAGCCGUAGACGGCGCAGAGUACACGACCGCAGCCAAAGGCACAGCUUGCGGGCAUAUCUUCAGAACCGGGGAGAGCACAUAUCACUGCAAAACUUGUGCUGCCGAUGACACUUGCGUACUCUGCGCCAGGUGCUUCGAGUCCAGUGAUCAUGAGGGUCAUGCGGUAUUCAUCUCCGUCAGUCCUGGGAACAGCGGGUGCUGCGACUGCGGAGAUGCGGAGGCCUGGAGGAGAGAGGUGAAGUGCACCAUACACUCCGCAGGUGCUGGGCUGGAAGAGGAGGAAGAGCAGGUCAGGGACAAGGCGAAGGGCAAGGCGCCAUCUGGGGUGGUUGGACGCGACCUACCGGAUGAGCUCGUCGCAGCUAUACGCAUGACUGUGUCAAGAGCCUCUAACUAUCUAUGCGACGUAUUCUCUUGCUCUCCCGAGCAGUUACGGCUACCGAAGUCGGAAGAAGGCAUACGGCAAGACGAGCAAGCGUCGAGGUUACGGGGAAUGUAUCAUUCUUCUAAAGAGAAUGAAACGGACGACAAAAUUGAAUACGCACUACUUCUCUGGAACGACGAAAAGCACACCGUGGACGAGGUUCAGAACCAAGUCGCCAGAGCGUGCAAGCAGAGCAAGAAAUUCGGCUAUGAGAAAGCCAUGGAGGUCGACGAUGUCGGGCGGUCUAUCGUAUAUUACUCGACCGACGUACCGGACCUGUUGCAGAAGGCUGGGAUUCUGGAGCAGUUGAAGGUCACCGUCACCAUACGAUCGUCGCGGGACACCUUCCGUGAGCAGAUGUGCGCCACCAUCACCGAAUGGAUCUCGGACAUUGCUGGAUGCUCGGUCGGCAGCGACUCCCAGGUUCUGCGUACCAUUGUCUGCGAGGAACUUUUGAGCCCUUGGGAAGCCGGGAGCUACGCCAGUAACAAGGAUGUGGGCAGGGAGGGAAUAGACGACCACGAAAUCGACGAGAACGAGCGGCUGCGCAAAUCGUACAGGCGGAUGAUGGAACCGCUUCAGCUCGCGGCGAAUGUGCGACGAGUCGUCAUGGACCAAAACGGCGACAUCGUUGAGGAUCUGGGUCCUACUGUAGAGGCUGAUGAUGAUGACGAUGACGAAGACGAGGAUCAAAUGGACUAUGAUGAAGAAGACGAAAUGGAUGUCGAGCUUGACGAUACCGACGAUCUCGCCAACGCCGCUCUGGCAGCGGCCGCUGACGCAGAUAUGGAUGUUGAAUAUCCGGAUGAUAACGAGGACAUGACCGAAGCACUCGAGGCAACGAUAGCUGGCUAUCCUCCGCCACCUCCACCUCCCGCCGCCAGCCGACGGAGACAAAUACUGACACCCACUGAGAGCGAGGAUGGCGAUCAUGCCGAGCCGGCACCAUCGACGUCAAAUGAGCCUUACAAUGUCGUGCCCAAGACACCUAAGGUCAAAGCCGGGAAGCAGAGGUCGCUUCGACCCAGCAAGCACUGGCUGGUAAAGCCUUCAGGCUUCAAAGGCCCGCGCCCAAGCGAGCCGUGCGAGAACAUCUGGCAGCGUGUCCGCUUGGACUACUUGAUCCUGUACGAUCUGAGGCUUUGGAAGUCCUUACGAAUCAACCUCCGCCACCUUUACAUCACGACCGUAGUCACCAUUCCGUACUUCAAGCGCAUACUGGGGCUGCGCUUUGCGGGCUUAUACACAGCGCUUGCUCAGUUAUACUUGAUCGCGGAUCGCGAGCCCGACCAUAGCAUCAUCAACCUCAGCAUCCAGAUGCUGACAACACCUACCAUCACGCAAGAGGUCGUCGAGCGUGGCAACUUCCUGACGAAUCUGAUGGCCAUCCUCUAUACCUUCUUGACAACACGACAAGUCGGCUUCCCAGAAGACAUCAGUCCUCGCGCAACCUUGGCUUUCGAUGCCGGCGCUGUUACCAAUCGCCGGAUGUUUCAUUUCUUCAUGGAUCUGAAAUGGCUCUUCCAGUCUGAACUCAUCCACCAACGCAUGCGAACCGAGCAGCACUAUUUGCUUCAGUUCUUGGACCUGGUGAAACUGCACCAAGGCGUAUGCCCAAAUGUCAGAGCGACUGGAGAACAUGUCGAGUACGAGUCCGAUGCGUGGAUCAGCGCAAGCAUGAUCGUCAAGGAGAUCAACAGGCUGUGCAAGCAAAUCGCCGCGUCGUACGCGCCGAACGCCGAAUCCGAUGGUAACAACACGUACCUGCAGCGAGCAAUGAGGACUGUUGCGCAAGUCGCCAUGAUUAACUCCCUUGGCUACGAGCGCAAACGGUUCAGUGCUGCGGAAUUGAAAGAGGACCUUACAUGGCAUAAUGUUGGGCCAUUCGAGGACAGCCAGAAGACAUACAGUGUGCCGAAGCAUGAGGUGCAGUCAGAGCCGAUGAGCUUCCAUCAUCCGCUGCAUUACCUACUGUCAUGGCUCAUCGAGGGUGGAAAGGGCUUCAGCAGGGAGCAGGUACGGCGUCUGCUUCACUUCUCAACUGAAGACCUCAAAGACCCAUGGAACGCAAGCCGUAGUGCGAUGGUAGCGGGCAAUCUCUCAUCUGACGACCUGCUGUCUGCGAUCUUCGAUCAUCCGCUCCGCGUCUGUGUCUGGCUUGCCCAGAUGAAGGCUGGUAUGUGGGUGCGCAACGGUAUAACUCUACGGCAUCAAGCACACACCUACAGGAGUGUAUCGCACCGGGAUGUUGGCUAUCAGCGAGACAUCUUCAUGGUGCAGGCUGGGCUCGUGCUUUGCGGUUCGGACAAUGAGCGCCCCGGCGAGCGCUUCCUUGCUCAGAUGAUCGAUCGCUUCCAGAUGGUCAGUUGGUUUCAGGGCAACUACAGCCUUGUCCCUGGCUUUGAGGAGUCCCAGCAGAUUGAUGUUCUGGAAGACUUCUUCCACCUCCUCAUCGUUGCGCUUUGCGAACGAAGCAACCUCAGCCCGGACAUUGACGAGAAGGCGCAACAUGCUCGACUACUGCAGCACGACAUUGCACAUGUGCUGUGCUUCAAGCCACUGUCCUAUUCUGAGCUCACCGCUCGACUGACCGAGAAGGUUCACGACUCCGACGACUUCAACAGCGUCCUGGAAAGUAUGACCACCUAUCGACCGCCAGAAGGCAUGAAUGACACCGGGACCUUCGAGCUCAAAUCGGACUUCAUCGAGCUGGUCGAUCCUUACUACGCGCACUACUCUCGCAACCAUCGCGAAGAAGCCGAGAGCAUCUACAGAAAGCACAUAGCCCGCAAGACCGGCAAGUCGGCUGAGGACGUUGUUUAUGAGCCAACCCUUCAGCCCAUCACUUCUGGUCUUUUUGCCAAUCUGUCUGCGUUUACUUCGACACCACUUUUCGCGCAGAUCCUGACGAUGGCGUUGGAGUAUGCUGCAUGUCUCAAACAGCACCUAACGGCUCAAAAGACUCAGCUUCCGGUCACACGGGUCGAGACACUGUUGCAUAUGGUUUUGCAUUUGACCUUGCUCGCGACUCUUGAAGAUGCACAGCACGAUCGUGAAUUCAUCAAGCUAGCAACAGCAUCACAGGACUGGUCUUCGAGGCGUCAGAACUCGAUCGUCUCCGUGUUGAUCGAUCUAUCGUCUAUGGAAGAGUACGCAUCCUGUCGCCCGACCAUCAAGCACAUACUGCGCAAGAUGCAACUGCAGCAGCCAGAGAAGCUCACUCAAGUCAUUGGUCCUUUAGGCGCACUGUUGGACCGGGGAGAUAGUAGCUCCCCGGCUUCGGUAUCGCAAGAAGACAAGGAGCGCAAGAAGCAAGACGCCUUGGCUCGACAAGCGAGGGUUAUGGCGCAGAUGAAGCAACAGCAGAACAGCUUCUUGGAGAAUCAAGGCUUGUCGGGGUUCGAGGAUGACAUCGAUGAUGUGGACAAUAUGUCUAUUACAGACGAGCCGGAGUCGUUCGAGCAAAAGAAGACCUGGAGCUUUCCAAGCGGUACAUGCAUCUGGUGUCAAGAGGAGACUGACGACCAGAGACUCUACGGUACGUUCGCGUUCUUGGGCGAGAGCGGUAUCCUUCGAUCGACUCCAAUGGAAGAUCUUGAUUAUCUGAAAGAAGUCGUCGACAUGCCCGACAGUCUUGACCGACCAGCAGACCACAUCAGACCAUUCGGUGUGGCUGGCCAGAACAAGCGGACCGUGCAGAAAGUUGGUCCCGACGGCAAAGUUGUAGAGACAGAACGGAUAGGUCUCUCGAAGGGCUUCCCGCACGACACGCACGAGAGCAAGGAGCCAGUCGCUACGAGCUGCGGACACAUCAUGCACUACAGCUGUUUCGAGCUCUACAUGACGCACAGCAACAGGAGACACGCGCAGCAGAUUGCGCGCAACCACCCGGACAACAUUGACAAGAAGGAGUUCAUUUGCCCGCUUUGCAAAGCGCUCGGCAAUACGUUCUUGCCCAUCAUCUGGCAGGCGAAAGAGUGUACGCCGGAGCAUGAAAUGCACACUGCGAAGAGCUUCGGGGAUUGGCUACUGGAACCCAAGGGUGCUGAGCACGCUUCGGUGACCGCUGGCCCCAGUAUCAGCCAGUCUCCGUCGCCAAGUCAGGAGCAGCUGAUGGAUCGCUUCUCCCAGUAUGUCAAGAACAACCUUGCACCAUCCAUGGUUUCAGGCAUGCUCGAGCUCUCGAUCCAAGCAUCGACGCCAACGGCGCCAACUGUGCAGCCGCAAAGCUCACCGAGCCGCCACCCCCUACCACGCCUACCGUCAGGGAUUGGUUGGCCGUUCCGUCGCAGUGGCAGUGGCAGCAAUCAUUCGGCAAACGAGACUCCGAGUCUAUCUCGGAGCCCAGAGCCUCUCCCACGGAUACACGAGCUCCACAAGGCUUACGCUCGCAUGGACGACACGAUCAGAUUAAACCGAGCCGACAGUGCAGACUUCAUUGGCUUCAGCCAUAGAGAUUCCAUCUCCACACUGUCAAGGUCGCUCGGCAUUUCGAUCUCUGCCUUCGAAAUUGCACAGCGCGGUAUGAGCAGCGAUCCAUUUGCAACUUCCCUGCUCGCCGAAAUGCCUGAGCAAGCGGUCACACAUUUCCGCAUCAUGUCAGAAACCGUGGAAUCGUACAUGGCGGUCACGGUUUUGCGUUCGACUCCCACGCUCGUUGCGCCUGAGGUUGAGAAAAAGCGAGCGGCGGUGAUGCGGCUUCUCUAUGGGGCCGACGAGAUUCCCGGGGCCCGCCCCUUCUUCGAAGACGACAUGUUCUUGUUCUUCGUCGACUGGCUUUCGUUCAUGGCACCUGACGUUGCGGCGGCGUCAAGUGUCUUGCAGAUGUGCUUGUGGGCGGAAGUGGUCAAGGCAAUGUUCGUUCUUCGAACGAAGCUGAAAGAAGAACACUUAGAAACCGCGAAGAAGCAAGAUACGUCUUCUGCGCGAGUGUUGGGCCAUUUUGAGGUAAUUGCGCAAAGCCUUGAUGCAGAGGACAAGAGCAACCCAAACAGCCUGCCGUCCCUCACGCCAGAGCAGACUGCAUUGCUUCGGAGGAUGGUGGACAAAUACGCCCUGGCGUUCUUGCGAAAAGCCAUCAUCAUCAUGCACAUCCGCUACGGUCUCGACUUCGACUGCCCGUACAACAUCGAUCCGGAGACCCCCGAGCUGCAUAGACUCACGAAGCUGCUGCACAUGCCAUCGAUCGACGAGAUGGCCGAGCUGUUCUGUGGAAAGUCUGCAGCAGGCGACAGGCUACGUCACAUCUCCUACCGCUGGGCAUAUCAAGCUAGGAAUGUCGGCGUGCGCGACUGGAUCACGAUGCCGCACCCGGCCAUCUUCGAGCUCGUCGGCCUCCCCAAGACCUACGACACCCUCACCGAAGAAGCCAUCCGCCGCAAAUGCCCCACGACGGGCAAGGAAAUCACCGACCCGGCCGUCUGCCUCAUGUGCGGCGACAUCUUCUGCUCGCAAGCAACCUGCUGCGCGACGGAGAAGCGCUACGGCGGCUGUUACCAGCACAUGGCCAAGUGCGGCGGCAAGAUCGGCCUCUUCAUCAACGUCCGCAAAUGCAUGGUGCUGUUCAUGCAUGGGCCGGGGAAUGGGAGCUGGAUACAGGCGCCGUAUCUGGACAAGCACGGCGAGCCGGAUCCUACCUUGAGACGGCACCACCAGCUGUUCUUGAACCAGAGGCGGUAUGAUAAGUUGAUGCGGGAGGCGUGGUUGUUGCAUCAGAUCCCGACGGUGAUUUCGAGGAAGUUGGAGGCGGAUAUUAACCCAGGGGGUUGGGAGACGUUGUAG